CCUCCUCCGGACAGGGCACCGCGCUCCAGCGACCAGGGCACCAGGCACCGGGAUCGGGGAUCCAUGACACCCGCGCUGCUGCUGUCGCUGCUGGUCCUCGGCUCAGGCCGUUACGCCGCUGGGCUGGACCGCAAUGACACAGACUCUGGGAAAGCUGGGCUGUUGUCGCCCGGGGGCCACAGCGAUGGCAGCUUCCAGGUUACCACAAGCAGUGCAGCGCACUCCCCUGCCGGUGCCACGCCUUCUGCCAGCGAGCUGUCCUCGGGGGCCGACGAGGACUACUCAGAAGAGGAUGACGCUGAGCCGGGAACUGCGGGCUACAUUGUGGACUCCUCCGUCAGGGUUGAACAGGUAGUGAAACCCAAGAAAAACAAGACAGAAGGUGAAAAGACUUCAGAUAAACCCAAAAGAAAGAAAAAGGGAAAUAAAAAUGGAAAAGGUAGAAGAAACAAGAAGAAGAAGAAUCCUUGUGCUGCAGAGUUUCAAAACUUCUGUAUUCAUGGAGAAUGCAAAUACCUGGAGAACAUGGAUAGGGUAACCUGCCAAUGUGAUCAGGAUUACUUUGGAGAACGGUGUGGAGAAAAAUCCAUGAAGACGCACAGGAUCGCUGGCCAUGACUUGUCGAAAAUCGCCUUAGCGGCCAUCGCUGCCUUCAUCUCCGCCGUGAGCCUUACAGCCAUCGCGGUGGUGGUCACAGUGCAGCUUCGGAAGCGAUACUUCAGGGAAUACGAAGGGGAAGAAGAACGAAAGAAACUUCGACAAGAAAAUGGCACUGCACACACGGUGGCAUAACCCAGGAUAAUACAGGAUGGCAGGUCGGAGUCCUCGCCCCUUCUCAGAGUAAAUGAUGAGCUGGUCUCCUUUCAGUGAAGAAAAGGGAAACUUUUGGUGGUUUUGUCACUUUUUAUGCUAAGUCUUAUUUCUGUACAUAAAGAGAUGCGCGGAGAUAAAAAGUAUUUUUUCAAGUUGUAAAUAAUUUAUUUAAUAUUUAAUGGAAGUGUAUUUAUUUUACCACUCAUUAAACUUUUUUAAUGAAACAGA